AUGGAGAAACCAUGGAAAUGUGGGGACUGUGGGAAGGAAUUCCAGUUCCCAUCUACGCUGGAAAUUCAUCAACCCAUUCACACCGGGGAGAGGCCUUUCACAUGCUUUGAAUGUGGGCAGAGGUUCACUCAGUCAUUCAACCUGCUGAAACACCAGCGAGUUCACACUGGAGAGAAGCCGUUCACCUGCUCUGAGUGCAGGAAAGGAUUCAGUAAUCAUUCCAACCUGUGGAGGCACCAGCAAGUUCACACUGGGGAGAGGCCUUUCAGCUGCUCUCUGUGUGGAAAAAGAUUCACUCAGUUAAACAACCUGCAGGAACACCAGCGAGUUCACACUGGGGAGAGGCCAUUCAUCUGCUCUCGGCGUGGAAAGGGAUUUAAUAAUUCUUCCAACCUGGUGACGCACAAGCGAGUUCACACUGGGGAGAGGCCAUACAUCUGCUCGCAGUGUGGGAAAGGAUUCAGUGAUGUAUCCACCCUGCGGAACCACCAGCGAGUUCACUCCGGGGAGAGGCCGUUCACUUGCUCUGAGUGUGGGAAGGGAUUCCCUCAGUUAUCGAACCUACUGACACACCAGCGAGUUCACAAAUGA